UCGGAGGGGGUGUGUGUUCAUGUGUGCAUACGGGUAUCUGGUUUUCAGUGUGUGGAUAAGGAGGCGGGAAAUGGCGACUAGCUACAUAUCGCAGUAUCAGUUUUUAGACGGUCCCUGAACGAAGAGAAGUCGGAUCACAGAAAAAAACUGACUGCUGCCCCCAUCGUGGCUACCAGCAGCAGUUUGCUCGACCUGUCCCUUCGCUUUAGAGGCACUGCGGAGCACUGUAAAUCUUGCAUGUGACUGCUAAGACGAUGAGGCUGAGAAUGCGCAAGGCUUCUCAGCAGCCUAACCCCGCCCAUGCGGCACGCCCCUCCAGGACCAAGAGGAGGCACUCUGAAGUGGAGGAGGACACGCCCCCCAGUGGGGGGAGGGGACUUCUGUCCACCAUCAAGAAGUUUAUCAGAGGGAAUGCCGUCAAGGUGGAGCAGGAGAACUCUGCUAAGAGAACACGGCUCCACUGUGAUGUGGACAACAACUUGAUCACCUCCACACCACAGGGCGGUGAUCCCCCCAGGAGGACCGUGGCCCGGGGGGGCAGGAGGGGCUCUGUCAAUGGAGAGGCCACCAACCAUGACAGGAGUAAGGCUGAGAAGGUCAACGGCAGGCUGGAGGAGGUGGACGUUGUCAGCCCCCCCAGAACCACCCUGCUGGGAACCAUCUUCUCCCCUGUCUUCAAUUUCUUCUCGCCCGCCAAUAAGAAUGGCUCUGAUUCGCUGGGGCAAACGGUGGAAGCAGAAGAGAUUGUGAAGCAGCUGGACAUGGAACAGGUCGAGGAGACGCCCACCUGCACGCUGGAGGUCUGUACCUCCACACCCCUGUACCCCCCUGUCCCCCCGGUCCUACGGCCCCCCCACCCUCCAGAGGCCCCCCAGGAACAGGCGGAGAUGGAGCCUGAUGCUGACCUGCCCCCCCUCACAGCCCCUGGUAUGCUACCGGAGGCGAGUUAUGUGGAGGUUCAGCCCACUGUCCCAGCAGAGGGCACCUAUGAGGAGGACUGGGAGGUCUUUGACCCCUACUUCUUCAUCAAACAUGUCCCUCCCCUGACUGAGGAGCAGCUCACCCGAAAGCCAGCGCUGCCUCUGAAGACCCGGAGCACCCCUGAGUUCUCCCUGGUUCUGGACCUGGAUGAAACGCUAGUCCACUGUAGUCUGAAUGAGCUGGACGACGCAGCUCUUACCUUCCCUGUCCUCUUCCAGGAUGUCAUCUACCAGGUGUACGUGCGGCUGCGGCCUUUCUUCAGAGAGUUUCUGGAGCGCAUGUCGCAGAUCUACGAGAUCAUCCUCUUCACGGCCUCUAAGAAGGUGUACGCAGACAAACUGCUCAACAUCCUGGACCCCAAGAAGCAGUUGGUUAGACACCGCUUGUUCCGUGAGCACUGUGUCUGCGUGCAGGGCAACUACAUCAAAGACCUCAACAUCCUGGGACGAGACUUGUCCAAGACCAUCAUCAUAGACAACUCACCUCAAGCCUUCGCAUAUCAGCUAUCAAAUGGCAUCCCCAUUGAGAGCUGGUUCAUGGACAAAGGCGACAGUGAGCUGCUGAAGCUGGUACCCUUUUUGGAGAAGCUGGUGGAGCUGAACGAAGAUGUGCGGCCACACGUCAGAGAGCGAUUUCGUCUGCACGACCUGUUGCCCCCAGACUGAGACGUAAAGCAGGACUGCUGCCCCCGGACGCCAGAACUGACUGACCCCUCCCUCACAGACGCUGUACAGAGCCCCUUUGGAACACCUGCUACAGACAUUGCCAUUGCUCUUGAUAUUUUAGCCUUUUCUCUAAACCUAUGAUGUUCCUGCAUUUCGUUGUCCUGCAUACUUGCAUUUAAAGCAACUUGAGAGAAAAAAAAGGACAUUUUUUCAAAGCAAGAAUUUUUAACUGUAUAGACCCAAUUCAGAAACUUUUAGGGAGACUGUGAAGGACUCCUCCUGUCCCAUUGGUUGGCUGCCGGGUCCUACACAGCCCCCUCCACCCGCUGCAGCAGGUGCUGUCUGUAUGGGCUGACCGUCUCACCAGAAGAAGAGGAUGAUCUCACACUGGCCUGAGACCCUCUGGCUCCAGACCCCUCCCCUCUGGCUCCAGACCCCUCCCCUCUGGUUCCAGACCCCUCCCCUCUGGCUCCAGACCCCUCCCCUCUGGCUCCAGACCCCUCCCCUCUGGCUCCAAGCCCUCCUGCUCCAGGCCCUGAUCUCUGGUGCUCUACAUACUGGACACUCCGUUGGCAAACGUAUGGCCUGUUUUUGUGUAGCUGUUUCUCUGGUUGGGCUCCUAUUUUGGAGGAUUUUGCCACCUUUUACCCUGUAGUGCUAGGACCUCAUGAUGCAUUCCUCUGUGUCUUCUGUUCUAGAGCCUCUUAAACAGUUGUUUCCUUGAACAGCCUUGAUCCUGCUAAAUAUCUACACAAUCUGUACUGGUUCCUGCUCUCUGUAACUACAUGGAGAUGUUAAGAGACUAGUGUCCCUUUUUCUUGUCAGAUCAAGAAGAAUUGAUCCUGACGUUCUGUUUAUGGUGCAUAGUAUUCAAAGGUUUAAUUGAGUGGUAAGGGCAGGGGGGGCUUGGAUUUAGUGGAUUGGAUUAACGGCAGAUCCGGAAUGGUGUCAGUUUGGCUUGGAGGUUUUACACACAUACACAAACACAUAAAAAAAGAAAACGGUUUAUUUCUGCUCUUUUGUGCUGUAGAUAUCUGCUUUGUGUAACCGGUCAUUUAGGAAGCUGGAGUACUCUUGGGCUUUCGUGUGAACCUCCAGUUACGGUUCUAUACAAUGUUCCUAUAAUCUGUAAGUUUUUAUCCCUGACCAGCUAUACCAGAUCAGUACAGAUGACAUCUGUCUCAGUGGGUGGAGGGGGACAUCCCAGAGUUCUCAGUAACCAGGUGACGGCUGGCAACACCAGAAUUCUGAGCCGCCAACAUUCUCCUCAGUUCCAGGUGGACAGUGUCACCUGAGGUGUGAGGGCACUGGAAGGAGAUGGAAUGUCUCACUGUUCUUCUCGACCCACAUCUGCCAUGUAGAAUGUUUCACCUUUUUAUUAAUUGAUUUUUACUUGUGUACUUUUUAAAGCCUUUUUCUUCUAAGUGCAGUUGAAGUAUGUUAAUGUCGAUGCAGAGGUUUAUGGCUGAAUGUGUCUGUCCUGGCUUUUGGAGAGCUGUAGACCAGGAUGUAUUAGUUCUAGUGGACCCCAGACCCUCAUCUCCUCCAGUCAACUCUCCUGGACCAUGAUCCCAGAGAGGCUUCCCCAGCCCUGCUGAUGGAUGCUCAUCAAUGGUGCCAUACUACCCUUCCUCCCCAGUCUAAACAGUCUUUUAUCUUCCUCUACAAUGUAAAGAUGUCCAGAGACAAUCAAAUUCUGGAAGCUUGUCACACCAGCCCCUAGGCUGCCCCUAUUGGCCUCCAGACUCUCCUCUCUCUGUAGAGACUCACUAGAACCAGACUAACAGAUCAGAUCUAGUCAGCAGUGUUGUAUUGAGUGUAUUGACUAUGAAUGUAAAGUGUUUUCCAGUUUUGAGGAGAGGGAGUUAUAUAGUCCAUGUGAUCCAAAGGAUCUAGUCUUUUUGUAUUUUUAUCUUCCAAAUCUUAAAAGAUGAGAGAAAAAAAAACAUGGUUUGGUUUUAUUCACCAAAAGUUGUCAUUGUUAUUGAGAGGUAAAGAUCUGCUGUUCAGUUAUUGUAGUUCCCCACCAUGCAGACUUGGUCAGAAGACUCUUAUUAGCUCCCAUAUGUGUUUAUGGUCCAGUGGCCUGGUUUUCUCAGCUCAUUCAGGUCCUGUUAACACCAGUGGUCAUCUAAACCUUGGGCCAGGCCAGAAUAUCCAUCCACAGUGACACCAACAGAACUAGAACCAACCCAUGAAAGACCCAAAGCUCCAUCUGACCUGGCCCAGCUCUGUGGGGUCUGACCCCUCUGUGUUCUCAAGGGUUGUGUUUUCUGAACAGCUUGGUGAUGCUAAGGAUGUAGGUGUUGAUGGAGACCCAGUUCAUUUGUGCAUUACCAGUUUAUUAUUGUACAAUGGGGUGUACAGUACAUGCAGCUUAAAAAAAUCCUUAAAAUAAGGACUGUUUUUGUAUUUUUGAUUUCAAAAGGCAUGUCAUAUCUACUUUUUAAAUGUAUUAAUGAAGAUUUAACUUUACAUCAGCAGGAGUGUUUUCUUACAAAUAUCUGUAUGUUUAGUUUAGCGCGUUGUCACUGACCCGUAGAAAUUUAGCAUGUAGAGAAUACGCUUGCAUUUGUGGGAAAGUCCUGAAUAAAAUUUUAAUCAUGGCACUUUUUCUGCAGAAA